AUGAAGAAUAUUGUACUUGAGACAUACAGCGGGAAAGCUGAUCCCAAAGAGCACCUGUUAUACUUCAACACAAAAAUGGUGAUCAGUGCCGCUUUGGACGUUGUGAAGUGCAGGAUGUUUCCAGCUACGUUCAAAGGCACAGCCAUGGCUUGGUUUACCACGCUACCCCGGGGAUCCAUCACUAAUUUCCGUGGCUUCUCAUCAAAAUUCCUCGUCCAGUUUUCCGCCAGCAAAACCAAGCAGGUGACGAUCGAGGAUCUCUACAACGUUCGUGUUGUAAAACGAUUCAGCGCAGCGUCAGUCAAAAUUGAGGAGUCGGAGCCGCACGCCCGUGCGCGUGCCUUCAAGAACGGCUUGCAACCGGGGAAGCUGAACAGCAAAUUGAGCCGCAAACCGGCUCGGUCCAUGGCGGAGAUCCGGACACGAGCAAACACCUACAUCCUGGACGAGGAAGAUGAUGCUUUCAAGCGAAGGCGUGCGAAAAAGGAGAAAGACGGCAAGCUGGGGGACGCUUUGCCGGAAGAAAAAAGGACUAAGGAAAGGGGAGAGAGCAGCAAAAAGCGAGACAGGAAGGUAAGGACAGGAGAAAAUACUGCGAAGGAUCCAUUGUAUCCUAGGAGAGAAAACUUUGAGCGCCGCAGACCGUGGCAUCAAGCUUACCCUCGCCGGCGAGAGGAGUUAGGAAAGAGUCUUGAUGCCCAUCUGACGGAGUUGCUUCGAGAGGUCAAGGCAACUCACGCAGUUGAGGAAGGCGAGAAAGAGGCCGACCCGCCCCGAGUGGCGUUGGAUAAAACAAAGUGGUGCGAGUACCACCGCUCGGCCGGCCACGACACGGGAGAUUGCUUUACCCUGAAGAACGAGAUUGCGAGGCUCAUUCGAGCAAGACGAUCGUAG